AUGUCAUUGUUAAAGAAAGAUUUACAGUCGAAAGAGAAGAAGGAAGUGGAACGCAAGAUUUCCCUCUUAGAUUUUCCUGAACCAAUCUUGGAACGCAUUCUUCAGUGCUUGGCAGCAGCUGAAUUAUGCACACUAGCACAUGUGUGCUCUUCUUUGAGAGUUAGAUGUAGAAUUGAUCCUUUGUGGGAAAAGCAUAUAAAACGUAAAUGGGGGAAAUUAAUUGGCAAUGUUGCUUAUCAGGAAUGGAAAUGGCAUUUAGCAACAAGGGAGAGAGAAAAUUAUUUUGGCCAACAAAUUCAAAAAGGAUCGUUGGGAUCAAUCUCAGGUGUUUGGCCAAAUAUUUGCCUUGGAUCAUUUUUAGAACACUGCAAGCCGCCUGGUAAUUCACUGUCAGAACACUCAAUGAUGGCUUGGUAUUUCUGUAUUGAGAAAGGCAAAUUCUGGUUCCCUGCUCAAGUCUAUAAGGGUGGAAAUUAUAUGCUAUGUUGUUACGAGGCCUUGCUCAGUUAUAAUUGCAGAACAGGCAUAUUUAGGGCUAGGUCUCGGUAUUCUGGUUGGCGAGUGGUGGAAGAGAGUAUUAAAUGGAACAGGUUGCGAGCAACUUCAACUCAGAUUCCGCAUGAUCUUCAUAUUAAUUGUUUGGAUGACUUGAAGCCUGGGGAUCAUAUAGAAGUCCGGUGGAGAUCAUGUAAAGAUCGCCCCUACGAAUGGUGGUAUGCUACUGUUGGUCACUUGGAAUCGUGCAAAGAAGAUGAUCACUGCCGUUGUCACGUAAGCGGUUCGUUGAUCAUUGGGUUCAUACACUACUCUGCCGGUGCCCUAUACAGACGAAUAGCGUUAAACAGAAUGAACCACGAGGAACAAAUAAACAUAGGAGGUGGCUUUUAUGGUGGAAUCAGAAAGCUUCAUAAUGAUGAAAUUGAAAAGUGGAAGGAGCUUUGGCCAGCUAUUGUUGUGUAGAGUGUCAAGACUUGAGAGCUGAGCAAUAUCUAUAUAUGUACAAGUAAAUAUUCAUAUAAGACGUGAAUAAUUUGACUUGUUAUACUCUCAUAUUUCAUGUAAUGCGUGAGACAUACAGUACUUAUGUUUUUUUUUUUGUGCGAAGUUAUACAAUAUUUGUGUCAAAAAGAUGUGAUGAAAUGAACCAGAUAAA